UAUUCGUCCCGCUGUUCUAGCUGUUUCUGGAUGCCAAGCCCACGAGGCGCGUUUCACACGUUGGAACAUGAUUUCCCCUCCAAUAAGAGAUGGCCAGCGAGACGAAUGCUAAGCAACAUCAUUUCCCAAAUCAAACAACGAUGGUGGCGUCUUCAGUGUUGGGUGGGGACCUGGAGUUUUGGUUUAUGCAUAACCACAAGUUGCAACCACGGCGCUGUAGUGUGUUACUAUACCCACCAAUGCCACAGACGUGAUGGUUGCAAAAAGAGUCCCGCUGAUCGUCGCUCUCAUAUCUGA